AUGCCGUCUCGCGACGCGACACUGUCGCGAGACUCGCGACUCGCGCGACAGCGCGGAUGCCACCGGCGCCUCGCGGGAGGCCUCCGGCGCCGCCGGAAGCUCCGCCGGACGUGUCCGGCGAAGUCCGCCGUUGCUUCCAGCGGCGCCGGAAGCGUCGCGGAAAGCUUCCAGCGCCGCUGGAAGCAUCACGCGAUGCUGUCGGACGCGUCCUACGACGCGUCCGGCGGCUGCGGACGCGUCCGGCGGCUGCGGACGCGUCCGGCGUCGCCGGAGACGUGCCGCGACGAUGACUCAACACUCCGUCCGCCGUCCGCCGUCGCCAAACUGGUCGAGCGUUACCACGCCGUGACCGGCGGGAAUGGCCACGUUCGUCUCAUCUUCCACCAUCACCAUUGCAGCUCUGCGUUAGCGUCCAACGCCAUGCUCCGUUGCAUCCGCCCAGAAGACGCUCUGUCCCUCUUCUCCCACCAAAACAAAAGCGGCCUCGUCACGCCUGAUCGCUUCGCCUACACUUGCGCCCUCAGUUCAUGCGCUCAAUUGAACGCUCUUCUCGAAGGGACGCAAGUCCAGGCGUGCAUCGCCAAGUCCGAGUCCACGUCCGACGUCGUCGUCAGCACCACUGCGGUCCACUUCUACGCGAGCUGUGGGGACGUCGACACGGCGCGGCAAGUGUUCGACGAAAUGACUACGAGAAAUAGUGUGACUUGGAACGCUCUGAUGACCGGCUUCUGCCUCAAUGACCGCGCGGAGGAGGCGGUGUCCGUGUUCGAUGAGAUGCUGCGAUAUGGCUUGCGCAUCACAGAGAGGACAGCGAUCGUUUUGCUCUCCGCUUGUUCUCAGCUUGGCGAUCUGGCCUUGGGCAGCACGGCGCAUGGGUACAUCUACAAGGCUGCUGCGCGUUUCGAGGAAUGUGUGUUCACCGGCACUGGUUUAGUGGACAUGUACUGCAAAUGCGGAUCCCUUACCAGUGCAUCCAAAGUGUUCGACGAUAUGACUAGCAGAAACGUUUUGACAUGGAGCGCGAUGAUAGGUGGGCUUGCCAUCCACGGAGAGGGAAAGGCAGCACUGCGGCUGAUGGAGGAGAUGAUGAAGGCAGGCUUUUGGCCCAACGCAGCCACCUUCACUGGUUUGCUUUUCGCCUGCGUCCACCGCGGGCUCGUAGACUAA